UUAUUGGUCAACAUACGGCGUCGUUCUGGUAUAAAGAAAAGAAAUAGUUUCACAUCGUCUUCUUCCUCGCGAAGACCUCUGCGCCUCAACCAAGCGCUGCCGCCUUCUGCAAUUGCGCACUGCACACGGCGCCAAUUGAGGCUAUAAUCCGACCAAAACUACACCGUUUUGAUUAUAAUUAUUUCCUCCUCCUCCUCCUCUUCUUCUUUCAUUCUCUCUAGAGCAGAACUCAGUCUCUCAGUUUCCACUGAACCAAAACGACACCGUUAGAGGGAGAGAGAAUUUUGCCAAGGAAGAAAAGAAGAAUGGAUAUGGAAGCACAGAGGUUUGUAUGGGACGGAGCAAUUCCUCUGCAGAUUCAUCUCCAUGAAUCCGACGUCGCCACUCUUCCUGCUCCGCCACCUGCCCUGAUCUUAGCUCCUCGGAUUGGGUACCUGCCAUUGUUGGCCUCACUUCUAAAACCUUACUUCAGCUCUGCACUUCCUCCUCGCUUAGACACCAUUUGGUUCGAGUACAAAGGCUUACCUUUGAAAUGGUAUAUACCGACAGGAGUUCUGUUUGAUCUUCUAUGUGCGGAACCAGAAAGACCUUGGAAUCUCACGGUGCAUUUUAGAGGAUAUCCGGGGAACGUAUUGAUUCCUUGUGAUGAUGAAGAUACUGUAAAGUGGAGCUUUAUUAAUUCUUUGAAAGAGGCUGCAUAUAUAAUCAAUGGAAACUGUAAGAAUGUGAUGAACAUGUCUCAACCAGAUCAGGUGGAGCUCUGGCGUUCAGUCUUAAAUGGUAAUUUGGAAUCCUACUUCCGGGUAUCUUCCAAACUUAAGCUUGGAACAGUUGGGGAAGAAUGGGCAGCAAAGAAUUUAUGCGCUCCAAAAUCCAGACCAAAUAUGGGUGAAACUGAUGUUUCUGGACAAGUGAAGGCAGGUCGAGUUCCAGUUCGCUUAUAUGUUUGGAGAGUCAGUGAGGAUUUUGUUGAUUUUGAAGAUGCACCUCAGAUUGAUAGCUGGGACAAAAUCUCUUACAUUAACCGGCCUGUUGAAAUACAAGGAGGAGAAGGAGGUAGAUGCUUCACUCUAAAUGAUGCAGUCAAGAGCCUUUUGCCAGAGUAUUUUCCUGACAAAUCCUUGAUCAAUGAAGAAUCACCGACAGUAGCUGAAGAGGAUGAACAAAAAGUUUCCGCUGAAGAUGCAAAGGCCGAAGAGGAAGUAGAAAAAUCAGGUGAACAAACAGAGUCUGGGAACAAAUAUGAUGAUGCCGAAAUCAAGCUGGUCCGUAUCCAAGGUAUUGAACCGAAAUUGGAGAUACCGUUCUCUUGGGUGGCAAACAACUUGCUGAACCCCGAGCACUUUCUUCAUAUCUGUGUGUAUUUGAAAGUACCACAAGUUAGUACCAUGUGAUAGGCAGGUUGCGUUUGGAAUCAUAAAACACAAGGGGAAGGGAGGGAUCUUCCAUUGGUGACUUUGAAAGGCGUUUAACUGUAUAGAAGUGUACAGAAGAUUAAAUGUCAAUAUAUCUUCAUCGUCCACUUGAUUUUUCUA